CUAACGAUCCUAACGUUCAAACUCAGUAUCCACAAGACCCCCAGGGGCAAACAGUUUAUCAGGCGCAGCAAAUUCCGCAACAACAGCAACAGUAUGCACAACCACAACAGGCACAAUAUUCAAAUAAUGAUCCUAAUGUUCAAACUCAAUACCCACAAGAUCCCCAGGGGCAAUCUGCUUAUCCUCCACAGCAAAUUCCACAACAGCGACAGUAUGCACAACCACAACAACCACAAUAUUCAACUAAUGAUCCUAAUGCUCAAACUCA